UGAUUAGAGAUAUUUCCGGAGAAUUUUACGAAGUCGGAGCUAAGGAGAUAUUUAAUUAAGAAUGCGUCAUCCACUUUUUAGGCACAAAAAGGUGAAAACAAUGACUCUGCUGAAGAUAAGACAAGAAGUAGAAGAAGACGUCAAAGACCUCUUUAUGUGAAUAUUUUAGAUGAAACCUCAUCAACUUCAGAAGAUGAGUAUUCUCUGCCUAUGAACGCAAUUCCAUUCCACGAAGAUUUAAAAGUGGUAGAUGUACAAUUAAGUAAUAAAAGCUUCGUAUCAGCUAUUGAAUCCGAUUUAAAGAACACCAAUUUUAUAUUAACCACUCUUGAUAGAUGUAUUUAUCCUAGUAAUAAAACUUUUGCGGAACUUUCAUCUAGAGUUUAUGAUGAUUAUAAAAAUUUUGGGCAACCACUGACACAAGAAAGCGACUGGAACUUGCUAACUACAGCGAAAUCCAAAGAUGGCUAUUUCGGAGCCGCGUAUUGGAAUCGUAAAAUGCAGGCAGUUGUUAUUGCUCACAAAGGGACACGCUUAACAAGUCUUUAUGAUCUCAAAGCAGAUUACUCUGGGAUCUUGUUAAAUCAAUACAUCCCCCGAAUCAGUUCUGCGGCUACUUUUUCUCACAAAAUUGCAGUGAAACUAAAAGAACUUGGUAAAAAGUAUUCAGCAUUUUUGACACUUUCCUUUACUGGUCAUUCUUUGGGAGGAUGGCUUGCCCAAAUUUCAGCUUUCACUACUCAAUAUCUCACUGUUAAAAUCUUUGGAAGCAAACAGAUUUUUGUUAAAAGCGAAGAAGAAGCCUAUCACACCCAUACUGUGGUUUUCGAUAGUCCUGGCUGUAAAAAUAUGUUGUCGAAAAUGGAAAACGAUUUCCAGACGCGAUAUAACGAUAAUCACCAUUUAAUCUCUCUGUUAGAUGUCACAAUUUUUCUCUCUGCACCAAAUUUCGUCAACACCAUUCAUUCACAUCUAGAUAAUGGAAAUUUAUAUCGAGUGUUUAUAAAAGAUUUACAUGAAAUGACAUCUUUAUUGUACUACAUAACGUAUAGUGCGGAAACUCAUAAAAUGGAUAAGAUUAAAGAUGUGUUUGCUUCUGAAGAAAGCAGUACCACAAAAGAAACAAUUAUGAAAAUUAUAGACUGGCCACUAGUAAAAGAAGAAGGGUUAUUUAAAUUAUUUUUCAACAGAGUUAUGAGUCGCAAUCCCGACGAAUAUAGACAGUUUUUUCAAAUAGCAAACUGUACUAACAAUUACAAUCCAACUGUGGAUGGUUGCAAAUAUUGUAAAGUAUGUUAUCAAGUGAAAGAAAUAAAAAACGAUGGAAGAUGUAGUGCUAAUGUAUUUACCCAUGCAGAGUUCCAAUUUUUAGUUCGAUACCGGAAGUUUUAUCAAUUUCCCUCACAUUUAAUAGCCGAACAUAUGUUUCGCUCACUUGAGCAAAAUACGGGAGUAAAAAUUACUAAAGAUGAAGUAAAUAAUAUAUUGAAUGAGUUUCAGCUAGAAAAAGGAAAAGGACGAGGUUUUAUAGUGUGCAAAUCGAAUAAACAUCUAAUAAACUUAAUUUUUUUAGUAAAAAAUAUUUUGUUUUUGUCCCCUUUUAUACAUAAGAAAAUGAGAGAGGAAUUAAAGAACAAUAGUAAUAUAAAUUUAUAUAAAAAUCAGUCUGAUGAGUAUCUUCGACCACUUGAAUCUAUCGAGCUGAAGAAGGCAACAAUGCAAAAUCUCAUCGACUUUUUAGAAAACACUAACUUACAAUUCCUACAGCAAAUAUUUGAAAUGCAUCGCUUAUUAGGAGUAAAAAAAAUACAUGAAGUUCUUGAGAGCGCAAACAGUGAAUAUAAAAUUGAAAAUACGAUUUUUCUAAGUCUGGAACAACUUAUUGAGUUAGAAUGUUCUUUUACGCUUGUAGGAUUUUUGAAAACCUUACACGAAGCAACGCCUGUCUUAUUUGUGGUUGAAUGUGAUACUGAACCGAGUAAAGCUGCUGCAUUAUUUAAGGAUUUAUUUAAUGUCUUAAGAAAUAAUCAUAAAAUUAAGUUUAUUUUAGUUUCCCAAAAGUGCAAAGAUUUAAAAUUUUGUUUAGAAGAUAGCAAUAGUUUUUAUUGUGAAAAGAAGGAUGAUUCAAACAUUAAACUUGCUGAUUUAACAGAUAAUUCUCAAAAUCAACUUUUAGAAAGGAAAGUUUAUUUCCAAGGGGAUGAGACACGUUUAGAUACAUUCAUAACUGAGGAAACAAAGCAUCUAAUAGAUGAAGAAAUAUUAUUUAAGCUGAUCAACAACGAAACAAUAGCCAUAGAUGAAAAGUUUCUUGACUUAGGUGAUCUGGAAAGUUACUAUAUUGAAAGAAAAUUUUGUCGCCAUGUAAAAAUUAAAAAUCUUAUCAAAGAGGAAAAAUCCAGAUUUUUUAUUACUUAUAGCAAUCAAAUUGAUAAAUCAAAACUUAAACAAUGUCAGGAUAUAGUGUUGAUUUCUGAUACGGACAAUGAUUUUAAUAAAUUGUGUAAUGAACAUGAAAAUUAUAGAGUUCAUUGGUUAAAAGAAGAAGAUAACCAAUUUGAAUGGCGAAAGUCUCAUGGCAAUCUAUCAAAUUUGCGUAAAUUUAUAGAUAUGGACAAUGCGUCGGAAUACCAUGAUGUGAAUGGUGAUGUAGUAGUUAUAAGUUCAGCAGCGGGAGAGGGUAAUUCUACUGUAUUGAGUAGGCUAGCACAGAUUAUAAAAGAACGUGAUAAUUCUCUUUGGGUUGUAAAAAUUAACUUAAAAGCUCAUGCAUCAAAACUAGAAAGUGAAAACUGUUUUAAUGACCAAGGCAACAUCUUUAAUGUUCUCUUUAGCUUCGCAGAUCUAAAUACACCUUUGGAGAAAAAAUUAUUGACCCAUUAUGGAAGAAUUGCUUUGCUACUUGAUGGAUUUGAAAACAUUGCUGUUAAAGAUAGAGGUAAAUUAUUGAAAGCUUUUAAAGAUUCAAAAAUUGAAAAACUCUUUAUAACUACGCGUCCACACAUGAAAGAGGAACUAGAAGAUGCAUUCGGCGUGUUAUCGUAUUCCCUGAAACCAUUUUCUGAAAAUGACCAGGAAACAUUUUUGAGCAAUUAUUGGAGUAAAACUCCUAGUUGCAGUUUAAGGAUAGGGGAAUGUAUUUAUGCCAAAAAAUUAAUUGAUUCUGUGUCUCAACUUAUUUCUGAUGAGAAAAAAGAAUUUACUGGAAUACCAUUACAUACAAGAAUUCUUGCAGAAGCUUUUGAAAAUAAAUAUAAAACGUUUUGUAAUAGCCCUCAUCAAAAUAAAGUCAACUUACCUAAUUAUAUGAAUAUAGUUGAGUUUUUUCCAAUUUUUGUAAAAAGGAAGUUUGAGAUGAGCUUUCAUUUGGCAAGAAUUCCUGGAGACUAUAAAAAGAUUCUCUUCGACGAUUUUCAUAAAAAACAAAACUUAUUAGCACUAUAUACGCUUUUUAGUGAAAAUGAUUUAACACAACUUCUUUCAAGGAACAAAAUUGAAGAAACAUUAAAUUAUAAGUUUCAAUGGGAAGAAGGUUUUAUUAGUGAGAUUGUCGAUGGUAAGCCGCUGUUCACCCAUAUUAGUUUCGCCAAUUAUUUUGCUGCACGUUUUUUGUCUUCAGAAAAGAAGAUAAAAAAGCAAAAAGUGAAACAUUUUCUCCGUGGGCAGAUUUUCAGAAAAGAGAAUGAACUAUUUUGCAGAUUCUUUAACUACAUGUUAACUGAGGAUAAAUAUGGAUGUGGGGUUCAUAUUGCUGUAUUAAGCAAUGAUGAGGAUGAAGUUAAGAGGUUAUUAUACAACACGGUUGAAGACAUAACCUGUGCUACUGAUAGGGCAGGAAGAACAGCACUCCACUUAGCUGUUGCAUAUGGUGACUUUAAUAUCACAAUCAUUUUAUUGGAAAAUGGUUUUAAUGUUAAUAAACGAGAUCAACUGUUAGGUUGGAGUCCCUUAAAUUACGCAGAAGAAGACGGAGAUAAGAAAAUUGCUGAAAUACUCUUCCAAAGAGUGCCUGUAAAAGGGUAUUUAUGGAACUUGACUACUCAAAUAAUAGAAUAUAUUCAAAGGCUGCGGAUGGCAAUUAGAAUGUUACUUCCUUAAUUGCACAACUUGCUUUAAUCCAAAAUGAUGCUAACUUUUGUUAGAAUCUUUGAAUUUGACUUUUUGUAAAAAAGUUCUCUGAUGAAUUUUGUCAGGUACUUUUUUACUAAAAUUAAUCACGUUAAUCUUAAAUAACUAAUUAGCCUGGUAGCAGAAAUUUUGCAGUGCUGCAAAUUUAUCACAGAAUCUGCAGAUUGUCACAGUAUCUGCAGAUUAGUUUUCAUACCAGAUUUAAAUAAAAUGACUAAAAUUUAUUAUUUUUUUAACUUGAAAGAGACAAAAGAAAAAGAUUAUUCGGCAUGAAGGGAAAAUAGUUUGUCAUGGGAGCAGGAAAAAAGUGAGUGAUUAUUCCGUUAAGGUAAAAAUCUUCUGAACUCUUCCGAAAAUUUUAAAAAUCUAAAACUAAUCCGCAUCCGCAAGCUGAAGAAAGUUAAUAGGUUUUUUGUUUUUUUGAAAAUUUCUAUUAAUUUUCCUUCAUUAACUGGAAUUAUCAAAAAAGAAAAUAAAAAAAAGUAUUUUAUUGUAUUCCAAUUUUUUUUUUGUUAUAUAUAGUUAUUCUAGUUUUAUAAAAGCAUUAUAUUGCAUAAAUUUUAAACUAAAUGUACAUAAAUUUGAACAUGAUUUUUAGGUAUACAAAUUUUUCCAUAGAAGCACAUGACAGAUUAAGCCCAAUUUUUAAGGCAGUUUCUUCUGUGGCUGCGUUGAAAUCACAGACAAAUUUGAUUCCAGAAAACAGGCUAUAUCUUAAAUUUUGGCGGCACCACUUCUGAGUGCAUGUAUUCUGCAUUACAAUUCUUAACAGUAAGUAUUUUUCGUAAAAAUAAACAUCUUAGCUAAGAUUUUAUUAAACUCCAAAAUACAAAUUAGUCCUCUGGCAGACGUCAGAAAUGAGAUUACUAUUAUUAUUUUUAAUUUAGAUUUUUAAUAGAACUAGAUAUUAUGAGAAGUUCGAUUUUCUAUCAUGUACUGAUAUUAAGAUUUUUGUCAGAUAUGAUGCACUAAGAAAUCAUAAUACUUUCUGUUAUUUUGUCGCAAUUUUUAUAAAAUACAGGCCAGUAAAACGGUGAUAGGAUUUUAAACUUCUCAUUUGCUAUAAAUAUGUAUUUUCAGCAAAUAAGUGAUGGAUUUAUUUGCAGUUUUAAUGGCAAGUAAAGAGAAUUGGGUAAAGUUGCUUGACCCAUAUGUUUUCUCUGAUACUCUCGCAUACUUAAUAAAUUUGAUCAAUGUAUCCCUUACAUAGGUCCCUCACUUAAUAUGAACAAAAAAUAGCUUGAAUACCGACGUUAAUGAAAGCCUAUAAGCUGAAUUUAUCUUUUAAGCAAUAAAAAUAAAGUUGUUAACAAUGUUAUGAGCCGGUCGCCGGCUGCGAACAUUCCUGUACGUCAGUGUAACCGCCCCUUAUAUGUAUACUUAACUUCAUCCCAUUUAGAAGUAGGACAAAUAGUAUGAAAUUGAUGUCCACUACUCCUCCCACACUGACCUGUUACCUCUGUCGCACAAGGGCACUGUCUUCUAAGAAGGAGUGAGGCAUCCAUUUCACGGACAUAUCCUCCGUAACCUGCUUCUAAGUCUCAAUUCUAUCCUAAUUUACUCCAUUUUCAUUCCUGAUUUAGACACCCUUGGAGAUAAACGUGCCUUGCUUGAUCAUCGAACCAAAGGGCUAAGCUCAACUUCCCGCUGAUGAUGGCCGAUGAGUUUCGAUUACCAGGCAAAGCCUCUCACCGUCGAUCUCAUGCUGCCGAUAUGAUUCCUUCCUCCUUCGUGUGUCUACGAUGCAAGUUUUGCAGAAUGCAGGACUUCUGUGAGUCGUUUACUUUUUUAUGACAGAAAUUCAAGAUGCUUUGGUUUUCAAACACGGACAAACUUCUUGGCAAGUUCAAUUUCCAGUUGUGGAAAAGCAGUAAACUAGAGAGUCAGUGAAAUCUGCUCAAAAAUCAAUAAAAACAUUUCAAGUAGUUAUUAGCACAGGAGUUCCGAAGAUGUCCACUUGUCCAUUCUUGAUUUUCUCGAAUAUCAACGAUCUGCGAAAUAUUUACCAAGAACUGUUGGAUCUAAAUAUGAACUUUCUUCGCCACAUUUGAAAAAAAUGGAAUGUUAUUUCUAUAGAAUAGGCAACUUAUGUGUCCAGAUUGCAAUUUUAAAUAAAAUUCAGUUUUCUAAUAGAAAAA